AUGACACAGCCGUGCGUGUCCGUGCUGGUCUUGGUGCUGGCCCUGGCUGCCUUCUGCCAUGCUUCUUGGAGGCCUCACUCCCAGCUGCAGGAUGCACUCUCAGGACUGGCGGCCCACAGGGGUCUGGAGCCACGUUGGCUAGAUCAGCAGGGUUCAGCGACUUACCACCGAAGGCAGCUGGAGCCUCCAGCUGCCGCUCACCUCGUGCCAGACCUGUCCAAGAAGCAGGGACCCUGGCUGCAGGAAGAGGAGGAGGCUUAUGGCUGGAUGGACUUCGGCCGCCGCAGCGCAGAGGAAGUGGAGCAGCAUCCUUAGAAGCAAACUGCGGGGCCAGGCCACCUGCUGCCUGCCCCCUGCCCC